AUGGCUACAAGCUUAAAUGCCUCAUCGGAUUUGGCUUCGAACAUGCCGAUUGCUCAUGCAUUCAACGAUAAUGAUCUCAAGGAUUUGAUCAAAACGCAGAGUGCUCUUAUCCGUCAACUUACUGAACAGCCUCUACUUACAGAAAAGUAUGGCGAAGAUUCUAAGCUCAUUUAUGAGCUUAAAGAUCAAGGCGGAGCUGAACAGUUGGCAUUACGAUACGAUUUGACUGUUCCAUUUGCGCGUUAUCUUGCUCAGAACAAACUUUCGCAUAUGAAACGAUAUCACAUUGGUAAAGUUUAUCGACGGGAUAAUCCAAAAAUGACUCGAGGCCGAUAUCGUGAGUUUUACCAGUGUGAUUUUGAUAUUGCUGGUGAUUAUGCAUCGAUGGUACCCGAUGCCGAGUGUAUUAAAAUAACUGUCGAAAUUCUUGACAAACUCGCACUCGGACCCUUUCGUGUCUACCUCAAUCAUCGAAAACUGCUCGAUGCGAUUUUUGCUGUAUGCGGUGUACCUGAUGCACUUUUUCGCCCGAUUAGUUCAUCGGUGGAUAAACUUGAUAAAACACCAUGGGAUACUGUUCGGAAUGAAAUGGUCAACGAAAAAGGUUUACCAGGUGACAUAGCCGACAAAAUUUGGUCAUAUGUACAAUUACGCGGUGGUGCCGAUCUGGUCGACCAACUUCGAAAGGAUUCACAAUUGUGCGCACAAUCAACGGCUAUCGAAGCGCUCAAUGAACUUGAAUUACUCUUUCGCUAUUUGACUUUGUACGGUGUGAUGGACAAAAUCGUGUUUGAUUUGAAAUUGGCGCGCGGUUUGGACUAUUAUACUGGUGUCAUCUUUGAAGCUACGCUCAAUUCUUAUCAAUAUGAUCCAACGUUAGGUGAGGAUCAAGUAGCAGUAGGAAGUGUGGCAGGUGGUGGUCGAUACGAUGAACUCGUAAACAAGAUCGAUUCGCGCCAAAGUCGUGUACCCUGUAUUGGUAUGAGUAUCGGCGUUGAACGCAUUUUUUCCAUCAAAGAGCAUCAACUUGCUGUAAAUAUUUUACUACUUCCUUGUUUUUUUCUCUUCAUAACUAGUUUUAGGAUUUGAAUACUCAAGCAAAAACUGUUGAAACUGAAGUAUAUGUUGCCUCGGCUCAUAAUGAGUUACUUGAAGAACGAAUGAAAUUGUGCGCCUAUUUGUGGGAAAAUGGAUUCAAAGUAUGAAAUUUUGUUUGUUCAACAGGUUCAAAUGUUUUUAAUUGCAAAGAAUACUAAUUCGUCAAUCAUUUUAUUUAGUUUUAUUCAAAAAACAAUAGUGAAGCUUUCGACCUAUACACAAGGUCAUUAUCAACACAAAAUGAUAGAAAGUGAGAAAUAUGUACAGAAUUAUUAUUCUUUUCUUUUGUUCUUUUCAGACUAUUGAUAAACAUUGCAAUGCAAGGGGUAGAUAAUAUGUCGUUGCAUUGCAAUGUUUAUCAAUAGUCCGAAAAGAACAAAAGAAAAGAAUAAUAAU